AGAGAGGAAGCAGUACCCAGCAGCAGCGCGCGAGGUAUCACUUCCAACUACAAACUCCGGGCUCGCAUCUGUCAAAAAAUUUGCACCGAGACCGUUUCGAUGGAAAGGAUUAUUUUAUAACUGUUUCCCAUCAACCAGAGAGACAAACACCUCAAGCCAUUUUAUUUUCCUCGGCUCAAUAAUCGGGUUUCAUUGGUUUAUUGUCUCCAAGCCACAGAUCGUCGCAAGCAGUAACAAAAUGUUUAACAACAGAGAACGCUGGAAGGUUUACAAGAGGGUGAGUGUCAUGUUUUUCCUGGCUGUGGUGGCCCUGACUGUUGUCCAAAGAGGAAGCAUCAAUGUGGGUGCUCCCUUCCAAAUUGAGAGGCAUGCUCGCACAGAUGCCUCUGAGGGGGCGGAGCAUGAGGCUGCUGUGGAAGACAAAAAGGACUUGUACCUGGGAAUGAAAGGUUUCUGGAAGUCUAGCAAACGCCAGCUGAUGCCUAAGACUUGGGCCACCACACAAAAGUUCCGGAUAACAGAGGACAGCAGCCCAAGAACAUGGGAUGUUACCACCUCCAACUGUAGUGCCAACCUCAACCUCUCAAGUCAGAACUGGUUUAAUAGCCUGGACGAGAAUUUCAAGCAAUUUGUGCUUUAUCGACACUGCCGUUACUUCCCCAUGCUCCUCAACCACCCAGAGAAGUGCACAGGGGACACAUAUUUGCUCAUGAUAAUAAAGUCUGUGGCCACACAGCAUGACAGAAGAGAGGUCAUACGAAAAACCUGGGGUAAAGAGCAGGUGAUUGAUGGCAAGAGGGUAAAGACCCUCUUCCUUCUUGGUAAACCCUCCAGUGUGGCAGAGAGAGCGAACCACCAGAAGCUAGUGGAGUACGAGGACUACAUCUACAGGGAUAUCCUCCAGUGGAAUUUCCUAGAUAGCUUCUUCAACCUCACUCUUAAGGAGACCCACUUCCUCAAGUGGUUCCACACCUACUGCCCCGGUGUACGCUACGUCUUCAAGGGGGAUGACGACGUCUUUGUCAGCGUGGAAAACAUUUUUGAGUUUCUAGAGGGCAGCAAUCAGGAAAAGGACCUGUUGGUUGGGGAUGUGAUUUUCAAGGCGAAGCCCAUCCGUAAAAAGGAAAGCAAAUACUACAUCCCCCUGACUCUGUAUAAUAAGACGCACUAUCCUCCAUAUGCAGGCGGAGGGGGCUUCCUGAUGAAUGGGAAUCUUGCGAGGAGGCUUUACUUGGCGGCAGACAGCCUUGAGCUUUACCCCAUUGAUGAUGUCUUCUUGGGCAUGUGUCUGGAGGUGCUUCAGAUCACUCCUAUAAAACACAAUGCCUUUAAGACGUUUGGCUUGGUGAAAAAUAAGAGCAGCAAAUUGAACAAAGAACCUUGUUUCUUUAAGAGCAUGAUUGUGGUACACAAGCUGCUCCCGGCAGACCUUAUGCACAUGUGGCAUAUGGUCAACAGUGACCUGGUCUGCUCACAGAAAGUGGAGUUCCUAUAGCCUGAUGGGAGCACCAGGUAAGGACAGCACCAACACGCUGAGCUGUACCUUGGUGGACACCAUGAUGCACGAGAGUCCCAAUAAACUCUCCCUUAUGUGGAGAACGACCAUGGACAAUAUCUGAAUUUGCUGAUUCUGUGCAAUUUUUUUUUAAGGAUAUUCCUCAAAAGUCGAGUAAAGUAGACAGAGAUUUUAAAAAGUGGUAGACUUGUGUAUUUAUAUUGGCAUUCUGAAAGACUCAAUUCUUUCAGCAUUCAGAUUCAGACAACCAAAGUUUAACUGCUUAUUCAGCAGUCUUGCUGAGGAGGACAGUUAUUUUUUGGCAACUACAGGCUUUUUAUUUUGUUAUGUUAUAUUUGUGAGGGCCUUAUCCCAGCCAGGCACACUCUCGUCCUCCCCUCCUCAGUGGCCAACACCUUUUUUGUUCUCUCCUUCCUUCUGUUUCGAUACAGUGGAGGUUUUUCAUUGCCCUGACCCUUGUGAAAGUGAGUGUCACCAAAUUACCAAUGGUAGCGAAUAGAUUUAUAUUAAUACUUAAAAUUAAACCUUAAAAGUGUAGUUUGAGGACAAGUGGUAAAUAAAACCAUGAAUAUGUAUUUGUAGCAAACUGUGCUUUUUGAUCAGAGGAAAAAAAUGUUAAGCUGGCUAGGGUGAUCUUGAAAAUGAAAAGGCAGUUUGUGUGAGGUGUUGCUCCGGAUGCUUGGGUUUGAAAGCCUUUAGUUAUGCUUGCAUGCUGGGUUUGUAUUAUGUUUUACACUUUGUCUUCACUUGAGUCAGUGUGUAAUUCUGCAGUGGCAUCAAAUGAAGUAAGAGACGAUUCGCUCUACCUCAGUGAUUCGGUCAAUUUUUUAAAAAUGUCAUCAUUAGUUUGGACUUUUCUGCUGUAACAAUGAUACCUUUAUCUUUAUAUGCAGCACAUGUUCCCUAAUGUGUGUUUUUAGUCAAUGAUGUACUGUAGAGGGCCUUGCACUUUUUUUUUUCAUGUGACUGACUUGAUCUACUACUACUACUGGAAACUUUUCAAAUCAAAUGUCUAAACUUUUUAGAUGUUUGCUGUCUGUGGAUUUGAAUGUGCUGAUAUACUUGACAUGGAUUUGGUUUAGGGUUAAAAUGACACUGUGAACUAAAACUAUUGAUGGUACGAGAAAUGACAUAUUAAUUUAAUUGCCAAUAAAAAGGUGGAAAAUAAGGGGUUCUUGUAUUUAAUUUAAAUUAUCCAAUGAGCAUAAUAAUGUGAUGUUUUACUGAAUGUUGUGGGUGUAGCGGGUGACGGUGAUGUAAAUAUAUGUACAAUUUCUAAAUGUACAAAGAAUGUAAUUUGUAAAUAAAAAUGUCGACUGGA